AUGGCUGCUCGAGUCGUCGUUGAUGUUGAAACAGUCCUCGUGCUGCCAUCUAGGGAGAACGCUGGUAGUAGUAGUACCAUCAGAAGUGUUACUAGUGGCAGUGGUAGUAUUAGCAGUACUGCUAGUGGUGGUGGUGGUUAUGGUAGUGGUAGUACUACUACUACUACUACUAGUAGUAGUAGCAGCAGCAGAAGUGUUACUAGUGGCAAUGGUAGUAGUAGCAGUAAUGCUAGUGGUGGUGGUGGUUAUGGUAGUGGUACUACUACUACUACUAGUAGUAGUAGUAGCAGCAGAAGUGUUACUAGUGGCAAUGGUAGUAGUAGCAGUAAUGCUAGUGGUGGUGGUGGUUAUGGUAGUGGUAGUACUACUACUACUACUAGUAGUAGUAGUAGUAGCAGCAGAAGUGUUACUAGUGGCAAUGGUAGUAGUAGCAGUAAUGCUAGUGGUGGUGGUGGUUAUGGUAGUGGUAGUACUACUACUACUACUAGUAGUAGUAGUAGUAGCAGAAGUGAUGCUAGUGGCAAUGGUAGUAGUAGUAGUAGUAAUACUAGCGGCAGAAGUGUUGCUAGUGGCAGUGGUAGAAGUAGCAGUAAUGCUAGUGGUGGUGGUAGUAGUAUUGAUUUUUAA